GGCACAUUUCCUUCGGCUCCGAAGCAGAGUUAUUAUGACGACAAGGAACAGAAGCAUCAUAGAAGCUAAUCGAACCUUAGAGUACGAAGUGAAGCCAUUGGAUUUUGUUCAAUCGCUCAAGCUUUUUAGUAGAUAUGCAUUUGGAAGAAAUUCUCCUCCAAAUGAUUAUGUCAGUCUUUCAAAACAAGUAGUUUCUACUACUGGAGGACUUCCCUUGGCUCUUGAAGUCAUAGGCUCAUUACUUUGCCGCCAAAACAAAGGCUUAUGGAUAGGUGUACUGCACAACUUAAGGGAAAUAACUCAUGAGAAGGUCCAAGAAACGUUAAAGAUUUGCUACAAUGCCUUGAGUCAUGAGCAAAAACAGAUAUUUCUUGACAUCGCAUGUCUUUUUGUGGAUGAAGACAAGACAAAUGCAUUCUACAUGUGGAAAGAUUGUGGGUUUUUACCAGAUUAUUCAACUCAAGUCCUUGUCUGCAUGUCCUUGAUAAAGAUAACUGAUGACAACAAAUUCUGGAUGCACGACCAAUUGAGAGAUCUCGGGAGGAAAAUCAUCUGUGAAGAUACAAGGCUGAUGGAUCCAAGAAAGCAGAGCAGGUUGUGGAUUCCUGAGACAGCCGUUAAAAUCAUUAGAACAGAAGAGAGAAAGGAGACCAUUGAAGCAGUUUGCUUGGAUGGAAAUGCACAAGAAAUCUAUAAAAGCGAAGAGUUUUCAAGACUUCCAAACAUAAGGUUCCUCAAAUUACGUGGGGGAUACUUUGUUGGAGACUUUAAGAAGCAGCUUUCAGGGUUAAGAUACUUGUCCUGGAAUAGGUGUCCUCAUCAGCUCUUGGCCAUCAAUUUUCAUCCAAGCAAUCUUGUAGUUCUCAACUUGUCUUAUAGCGCCAUCGCGGAGGACUGGGCUGGAUGGAGUCAAAUUAAGGUUGCCAAGAAGUUGAAAGUUCUGGAUCUCUCAAACUGCAACAACAUGACUACGACUCCAAACUUUUCUGGUUAUUUGAGUUUAGAGAGAUUGAUCCUAAAAAAUUGCAGAAGACUGAUUGAUGUUGAUGGUUCCCUCGAAAAGCUCAAGUGCCUAAUUUUCUUCAAUGUGGAUGGGUGUACAAAUCUUACGGAGUUGUCUGAAGGAAUCGGACAGUUGGAGAAACUCGAGUACUUGUAUUUAGGCAACUGCAGAAAGUUGAGGAAGCUACCUGAAUCAUUUGCAAGAGUGGCAUCACUGGUAGAGUUGGAUCUCUCAUAUACGGCCAUCACAAGAUUACCUGUCUCCAUUGGUAACCAAAAGCACUUAUCCAUACUUAAACUGCAAUCAACACAAAUCAAUGAACUUCCUAGUUCUAUUGGAAAUCUAAGGGAACUUAAGUCUCUCUUUCUAUCAGGUACCAAAAUAAAAGCACUUCCUAGCUCCAUUGGGAACUUGGAAUCGCUACUCGAGUUGGAUGUCUCGGGAACACGAUGUUUGCGGUUACCCGAAUCUAUUGGAGGCCUAAGUAGAUUGAAAGUCAUCAAUAUUUCGAAUUCUUGGAUAAGGGAGUUACCGAGGAAUAUUGUCAUGCUAAAAGAGUUGGAAGAACUACAUGGCAGGGAUUGCCUGUCUCUAAAGUGGGAAAUUCCUGAGGGCAUUUCCGAAUUAUUGCUUUUGAGAGUCCUUGACUUGCAAGCAACUCGUAUUAGAAAUGUUCCAGCGACAAUCCAACUACUUCCUCAGCUAGAGAAAUUGAGUUUAUGGCAAUGCAGGAAACUUGAAGUAUUGCCUAAACUUCCCACAAGCUUGAUAAGCCUAAGCUUUGGAUCCAGUUUGCUCCAGUAUGUCCCGGAUCUUUCAAACCUAACUGAAUUGGCGGAAUUGAAUUAUGGUGGUCAUGAUGAGAACUGUCAUCCUUUGUUCAUCCAAGAUGGACCAUGUCGACAAUCUCUUGUGUUCCUUCCACCAUCUCUGUCGAUAUUGUCACUCGAAUAUCAUGAAUUAAAAACCAGUUUGUCAUUUCAUUGCGACUUGAGAAACUUGACUCGUUUGCGUAUUUAUCAAUGUCGUUGGAAGGAAGUUCAACUCGAUGGGCUUGAACAGUUGAUUGAAUUCGAAGUGGAGGGGUUAAAACUCCUCGAGAGAUUUGCUGGCCUUUCGAGGUUGAAGAGGUUGAAACUAUGGAAGCUGAUUGGUUGCCCAAAUCUAACUGCGAUCCAAGGUCUUGGUUCCAUGGAGUCGUUGGAACAAUUGGAAAUAAAAGAAUGUCCUAAGAUUGAAAGUCUAGAUGAUCUAUCGAAUUUGAAAAAGCUGGAGUACUUGGUAAUUCGAGGAUGCGAAGAGCUUCCGGUGGUUAAGGGACUGGAUGAACUAGAGACUCUCAAAAGAUUGGAUUUUAACCGUUGCAGGUCAUUGGAAAGUUUUUCUAAUGUCUUCAACUCGAAAAUACGAGACAGGUGCUGCAUAACCAUUUUCAACUGCUCAAAGUUAGUAGAUCCUUCGUAUGGAGGCUUGGUCAGCUCGUACAAGCAAUGGAAAGACCAAGAAGUGUACAACAGGGUUCGUAAUCAGUCCAGCCAGAAUUUAUUGAGAAAUCUUUCUACAGGCGUUUGAAGCAAAUAAGAUCUACCCAAGCAAAGAAACGAUUGAUCUGAAGAAUGGUGAUACUUGGAUGUUUCUUACCGGUUAUUUCUUGGGAGUGGUUUGCAGGAUAGACUCCAUAACUUGUGAUCUGUCUUUAACAGGAUAGACUCCAUAACUUGUAUCUGUCUUUAAUCAUGAGUGUUCAUCAUAAUUUGGUGUGUUGUCCUUUCCUUUGAGCUUGCACUACGUGCAUUUUCAGUUGAUCAAGUCCGGUCAAUCAAACCGGGCAUUUGUUGACAUCUUCAUUCAUAGAUUGCUUGUCAUCCCAUUAUCAUUUUUGUGAAAAUUUAUGUAAUGCUUUCAACAAUGUUUUCAGUUUUCACCGCCUAGAAAGGCAUGUACAAGUCUUUUAAAGGCUAAAAAUUCAAAUUUAAUUGAUGAGAA